AUCGCCCGUCCCGAGCCACUAACCAGCCAGACUUUGGUGGUGAGGCGAUCCGCUGGCUGCUCGGCACGGGGAGAAUCGACCCCUCGAUCAAAUAGCGUCAAGUCAGGAACCGAGACAGAACGAUGGAACAGCAUCUGAGAUGCAACAACUUGAGAUGCAGAAAGGAGCUCUGCGAGCGGGCUUUGGUUACAACUUGCAGCCACAUAUACUGUCUCGACUGUGCCAAGGGCUGCGGACUGACAAGUCAAGACCUUCAGCCUUCCCGUACUUGCCCGGCAUGUCGAUCUCAACUACCGAACCCGGACGACGUUGUCAUCAGUAACCUCCACCCGACAGAGGACUACAAGACGAGCGUAUUGAGCGGCUUGAGCCCAAAUAUCAUCAUGGAGUGUUCAGGCAAAGCAUUGAGCUUCUGGGCAUACCAGAUGACCCAGGAAAUAGUUUAUCAGGAGUAUCUGGGCAAGACGCUAUCGGAAAGGUACUCGACUGUGAGUCUCGACCUGAAACAGGUGGUUAAUGAAGCCAAUUCCCACAUUGCGAACUUGGAGAAUAAGCUCGCAGGCUUGACUAUCGACAUGGACAAGAUGAGGCACAAAAACGAGGAGGUUGGACAAGCGCUCAGAGAGAAGAAUAAGAAACUGAUGCAGACCCAAGAACUCUACGACAAGCUCAAGCGAAAGGCGAUGAUUGGAGAGAUGCAAGAUGCCGCCUCGGAUGCCGUGAACUCCAACCUCGAAGCAGCGGCAGCGGCAGUGGUGAUGCAUUCGGACCAUCUGACGCAGCCAGGCCUGUACGAACCGCAGCUCACGAGUCCUCGACACAAUCCACUGAUUACAGAGAGAACCGAGCGUAUGUUUGGAACGUCCAAUUCUGUGAGGGGCCACCCAAGGCAUCAAAACCCGGAUGCUGGGUGGGCCAAGCCCCAGGGCCAACAUUUAGAUAUCCCUUUGACUCCAUCGACUCAUCGUCAACGGGUCGGAAAUGCUGCAAGUCUCGGCCUCUCCACGGUCCCAGGGCUCGUGGCUGGCACCCGUCUACCAACGCCGAGUUCCGCUCGAGAUAUUCGCCAGCCCGCUCCUAGUUCGCAUUAUUCCGGAUUCCACAACCCACCGAGCUUCCCAGGUGUUGGCCUAAGUUCGGGCCUCAAGACCGGGCAUGGAAUGGUACAUCAAGGUGCGGAUAGUCAGGGGCGAUUCCACGCAAGACCUAGAGUUAUACACAGGCCGACUCCCAUCCAACCACAUCAAUCAUUCAUGCAGCAGCAAAAUCCCCAGGGCCGUGAUGGGCUGGGUUAGUCUAUUGGCGGUAAUACCAACUCUGUUACAACAGAGGUCUCGGAAGAAGUUGUUUGCCGACAUGGUUGGCGCGUCACAUGUAUACUCCAGGAAGCUCGGGUCGAUUAUUACCGUGGUCAUUAAGCUCCUUGAGAGGUGCUUUGUGGCUUUGUUACGUAGUCUACCCUGCAUUCAAAGGCCUAAAAGGAUGCUGUGGCACAUUGUCGGAUGAACAAAGGACUUGUUCACCUCGCCUGAAAGGGCCCGUGAUGUAUGUAUUGCUUUCAUUGGGACACCAAAAUGAUGCAUUCAGCUUUCAGGUUCUCUAUAUAUAUGCCUCGAUAGACC